UGCCGAGCUCUUUCCUCCGCGUAUCGGCGCCGCCCAUGGCCGAGGUGCGCGAACCCGACGCCGGGGCCGCGAAUGGCACAGCAGCCCGAGCCCUGGAGACGCCUGCUUGGGAGGCCCCGGAGGACGCGUGCCCCCAGCCUGGAAGUUACGAGAUCCGACAUUAUGGACCAGCCAAGUGGGUCAGCACGUCCGUGGAAUCUAUGGACUGGGAUUCAGCCCUCCAGACUGGCUUUACAAAACUGAACAGCUAUUUUGAAGGCAAAAACGAGAAAGAGAUGAAAAUAAAGAUGACAGCUCCAGUGACAAGCUACGUGGAGCCAGGUUCAGGCCCUUUUAGUGAGUCUACCAUUACCAUCUCCCUGUAUAUCCCCUCUCAACAGCAAUCUGAUCCACCCAGGCCUUCAGAGUCCGAUGUCUUCAUUGAAGACAGAGCUGAAAUGACUGUGUUUGUACGGUCUUUCGAUGGAUUCUCUAGUGCCCAAAAGAAUCAAGAACAGCUUUUGACAUUAGCAAACAUUUUGAGGGAAGAAGGAAAAGUUUUCGAUGAAAAAGUUUACUACACUGCAGGCUACAAUAGUCCUUUUAAAUUGCUUAAUAGAAAUAAUGAAGUGUGGUUGAUUCAGAAAAAUGAACUCUCCAAAGAAAAUGAAUGAGAGAAUGAAGAAAGUUCCAUUGCCAGGGGCAAAACUUCUGUUUAAUAUAGACAUCAACACUACCUAUAAGUGUGUGUCUGCUGUCUUCUACCUGAGCAUACUACUAUGAAUUAAGCUUAUUUCCAAUGUGCCUUUUUUAAUGCUUGGAGCUUUCUCUAGAUACACAGGAUAACGGGACAAUAUUCUAUAAUAUGUGUAUCAGUCAUCUUUAUUUCUGUGAGGAUCCAGGGAAAUAUGUUGCUUCCCCCUUCUUCAUCACAAUUGUGUUGUCUUUUUUCUACUUGGAUUUGUGGCAUUUGGAUGUUAUCCCUCCAGAUACUAUCAAUAAAAAUUUUAAAGAUUUAUCCUGUGUGGAACCAUUAGGCUGUCAGGUCUGGAGAAGUGAAGUUCAGUUGGGCAGAAAAUUCAAAUUGUCUUUUUUGACUGUCACUGUUACAUUCUCUGCUUGAACCUUCUUCUCCACCCUUCCUGACUGCUCCCACCACACAGGACAACUCUCGCAGUACCCAGAAGUGUUGAUAAUAUUCUCUGAUGAAGAAUAAGUUUUUGAAGUUAGGGAUUCCCUAUCCUAUUGUGACACUUAAUAAAGCCAUGUUUCUUUGAAGAAUUGCAUACAAACAUAUAAUAUUAAAAUUCACUUGAAUUCACACAAUGUAGUAUUUCUAAAGGUCGUAUAAAAAUGAUUAGUUAUUCAAAGAGUGGGUUGCUGCAAAAUCAAGGUUAGAAAUUCUCACCUACUUGUGUUCAAAAAUGCUCAUCCUGGAGAAGAUAAAGUCACAUUCAGACACCUGAGAACCUGUCAUGGGGAAGGACAUUAGCUUUGCUGUGGGUAUCUGGAGGAUGAUGGUUUUAGGAGUGGUGGAGAAAAGCAGGUUGGAGCUCUAACUUUCUGACAGUUAAAGCUGUCUGAGAAAGACACUGCUUCCAGUUCCCUCCUUGUCUGUGUUUAAGUAGGGAGCGCGCAAUCACGUAUCUGGAGAGAAUCACUUUCAUAGGAUUUGAGCAUUCAGUGGAAGAGAGGAUGGGCCAGAUAAUACCUAAACAUCUCUUCAACCCUGAGAUUAUCAUGAUAACUCUUAAAUUUAAUUUCCUUAACGUGGGGACAAUAGACCCAUAUAAACCCAGUGCUGUCGAAUCAAUUCCAACUCAUAGCGACCCUAUUAGAGUUGAACUGCCCCAUAGGGUUUCCAAGGCUGUAAAUCAUUCUCCCUCAGAGUGGGCUGGUAGGUUCAAACCAACUGACCUUUCUGUUAGCAGCCUUAACCACCGUACUACCAGGGCUCCUCUAUAGACCAAUAAUGGUUUCCAUAGCUAAUGUUUAUGGCUUGCCUUCUAGGUGUACUGUUCUAAAUACUUCACCUGAACUACCACAUUCAACCCUGAUAACGACCCUGUGAGCCACAUUUUAUCAUCUCCAUUUUACCGAUGAGGAAAUUGAGGCACAGAGAUGUUAGGUAACUUGCCCUAGAUCAAACUGUAAGCAGAGAGGCUGACGGGAGCCCAGGCAGUCAGACUCCAGGACCCAUGCUGUUAACUGCUACACCACACACACAGACGGCUAUUCAAGAGUGCAGCUUUCUAAGGCCAUUAGUGGGCUAGGCCUGUAUGGUGGUGUUCUUCGUGUAUAUAAUUAACAUGAUUAUGACCUCAUUGUUACCUUUCAGACUGUAAUUUUUGGUACAAAACAAGCUAGAUUUCUGAUUUUAAAAUUAUAUGGAUAUAAAAGUUUAUAAUCCACGCAGUUAUUUCCCAAAGAUACUGUGCUUGCAUUGAUCAUUGAAUUUACUGAUUCCUUUCAUUUUUAUGCUUGCCAAAAAGAAAUUACAUUUCUUUUAUAGCAAAUUUAUCAUUAUUAACUAGAGAACACUUUCUAGC